AUGGAAGGAAAGGCACUGCAGAAUAGCAAAUUCGAUGCACUCAACCUGGCCGCUCCCAUCUUAAAUGAGGGAAUAAAUGUCGGCAAAAGACUAAUAGGAAAGCUUAACGGGCCGACAAGCGCUGAUCUAGUGUUAGUAGUGACGUUUUUCACUCUGUAUAGGCUAUAUAAUCACUUUAAAAAAAUGAAGAUCCUGCAGCCACGAGAAAACCACGAAAUAAUCUACAACACGCUGAAAACUCUAGAUGGAGAUCUCAGCACGGAAGAGAAAAUUCAAAAGCAGCUAAGGGCAGUAGAAAAUCAUAACAAAAAAGUACAAAGAUUACAGGAUUGGUUUAAAGAUGUAGAAAAGAGAAUAAAAACACAAAGGAGAAAGAUAGAUUUAGCAACAGGAAGAGCCAAAAGUGAUGAUUUGAUAAGAAGAGCAAAACAAAGAUCACAAUAUAUAAUCACAGCGGGACAAGAAAUAGCGUUAGAAGAUAAGGAAGAAAAAGAAAUAAUGGAAAAUGGAGUUAAAAAAAUCCAAAACGGGUUACGCAUAAUAGAAGAAUUGAUUCAAAAACUUGAUGACGGCACAGGGAAAAUUCCGAAAGACAAUUUAGGAUCAUAUAGGCAAGAAAUAGAAAUCCCUGAAGAUAAAAUUGCAGAAUUUGAUCAAGGCCUAGAAUUAUUCGAAGAAGGCUUAAAACUAAUUGAAGCUCGCGUACAGAACACUGCAGGAGAUGAUGAAAUAGAAGAAAUAAAAAUAGAACUAGAAGAAAAUAACGAAGAAGAGCAAGAUGGGGAUAAUUCAUCUCCCUAUUUAUAUUCCCAAGAUGAAGUUGUACAAGAACCACUUUUAGCAUCGGAGCUGAAAGCAUACAAAGGGAAGAUGGCGCAAGUAGAAGACUGGAUAAACGAUAUAGAUCAAACGAUAAGAAAUGAAGCAAUGAAGAUAAAGGAAGGAGUAGAAGCGGAAAUUAAACCACCCGAAUCAUAUGCACAAGACGCAGGAAAGACAAUGGGGCAAGUAGAAAAAAACACAGUGAAAGAAGAAACACAUGAUAAUGAAUAUGAACAAGAACAAAACCUGGAAGAAGAACCAAAUGGCGAAUUGACAGAAGAGUGGAAAGCUAAGGAAUGGACAAAAUGGAUGAACAAUACAGAAAAAGAGUGGGGAAAUUUUACACAAUCCUUUGAACAUUAUAAGCAAAAGUGGAUUGAAAAAAAGGAAAGUGAAUGGGAAGAAUGGCUCAGAAAUAUUCACUACAAUUGGGUUGGAUUUACAAACAAAUUGGAAGAAGAUUAUAUAAACGAUAAAGCAAACGCUUGGACGAAAUGGAAUGAAAAGGAAUGGAAAGGAAUAAUCGAAAUGGAGUGGAAAAGGCCUAUGAAAGUAAAGUGGACAAAAUUGGUAAAAAAAAAUGAAGAAAUUUGGGGAGAUAAGUUUUUUAAUUAUUGGGAUGAUUGGAAAGGUAAAAAAUGGAACGAAUGGAAAAAUAAAAACUGGAAAAAAACAGAAGAGGAAAAGUGGAAUAAUUUCGAAAAAUGUAAAGAUUUAAAUAAUGACGAAAAAUGUAAAGAUUUAAAUAAUGACGAAAAAUGUAAAGAUCUAAAUAAUGAUGAAAAUUGGAAGGAAUGGAAAAAAAGAUUGUUAAGAGAAAAAAAGGAAUGGGAAAAUUGGGUCAACAAAAAAGAAGAUGUCCUAAUGGAUGCAGAAGAAACAUACUGGAAAAAGUGGAAAGAAUACAAGUGGAACUACCUGAAUGAAUGGAUGAAGCAAGUGGAAGUGGAAUGGUUAAAGUCCAAACCGUGGGAAGUCUUAAAGCAGGUAAGGAGCGAUUCCUACGAAUAA